AUGCUGAAUUUUUGUAGUGAUGCGGUCAAUCUCCCGCAGAUAAUGGAGUACUCAAACAUGGAUGACCUGAAAUACGCUGUGCUACCCGUUGCCAUUACAAGGGAGGAAGAAUGCAACAUAGUAACAUUGGGCAUUGGACAUGAUGUCACAUCGGAACGGAAAAUGAGACUACAUUUUCCGGAUUGGUGCAGAUUCACUGGAGCAGAUCCGUCUGUGCAAAUUAACAAAGUUUUGUAUGAAAGCAUCGGUGGUACUUAUCACAAGGUAGCUGUUGGUGUCAAGAACGGUGUCCAAAGAGCUCGUGUUUAUGAAGGUUUCCAUUUAUUGGCAAUAUUGGGACCGUCCAAAUCUUCCCUGACCGAAUAUCAGGUAGUGCACCCUCGUUCACAGGGAUCAUAG